CAGUGAAGUUCCAUAUUUCACUUUGCUUUGUAGAGUGUGGUUGCUUUUUGAGUUUGCUCAUUCAUUUGUUGUGUUUUAUUGCUCCAAAUGGCUUCGAAACGCCUCACCAUCAUUGUGUUGGCGUGUGCCCUGUGCUACCUUGAACCAGAUUUCACUGGUUGGAUUGUUUCAACACCCCUAGCACCGCCCAAGCAGUGGGCCAGUACUCCCGGCAUUUCACCGAAUCCCUUCAGUGCUCUGACUCAGUUCGCCCUGCAGCUGAUGGUCAAACAGGAACAGGAUGCUCAUAAGAGAGUCAAGUUAACCCCAGUUAGACCCACAGAUGCUGAGCCCUGCUCCAAGGAGCACACACUCCUCAAGAAAGGACCAUGCAUGGUGGUGGAGGACCUGCUGUUAGAGAGAGAACACAGAGAAAACCUCCUGCAUUUCACAGGGAAAAUGGAUGAAGUGUUUAAGAGAAGCAGAGUCAGCCAGACCAGAGCUAACAGCCAGAGUCCUGAGGUGAAGAGAGCAGGGGCAGUGGCUCUCCGAGCGACAGCGGUGAGAGAAGCUGUCCAAAGAGUGGAGACAGAGACAAGGAGACCUGGUGCCAUUGUAUGGGUGAUCUCCUUUCACCGCGUCUGUCUGCUGGUCACCAUGGGCCUCUUGGCCAGGAUCACCAUCCGGAUACUUCUGCAGAACACAAAUGCGCCAGAGGAGUGCAAGUCUGAGGGACAGAAAGGGUCGAAUCUGCCUGGCCCCUGCCCCAUCACUGUGCUCCAGAACAGAGCUGGUCCUCACAAAGUCACCACCAGGAGAAAAAGGAGAGGGGUGCGGAGCUGCAAAGGCUGCUAAGCUUUUACUUCUGCACAUCAAGAUCUAGUUUUAAAUUUAAAACCUUAUUAAACUAAUUCUUUUUCUGUAAAA